AUGAAGUGGCUUGUUUUACUCUUUACUUUUUCUUGUUUUGCCAUUCCCUGCAAAUUUGGAUUAACACCAAGUUCAACUGAACUAUUUGAUUGUCUAAAUUCACUCAAUAUUACUGCAGAUCGUGCACAUAAAAUAAAAACAUCAUUAAAAAAUGCAUUUGAAGCAUAUGUGUAUCACGACAUUCUCAAAAACCCACCUCAACCAAAAGGAUCUGACACUUAUCAUCAUACUGUUGAUAUUGACCAAAGAAUGUCAGAAAUUGAAGAAGUAGAUCAACCAUUUUAUCCUUUUUAUAAAAAGAUUAAUAAAUUAUUACUUGAUUUACAUGACUUACAUAUGUAUUUUGGGUUUGAGUCAUCUAAAGAUUAUUAUUACUGGAUUGAUCUUAUUGGUAUUGUCUUACCAUUUACUGUUUCAAUUAAACAAACUCAUGAAGUUCUCUUUUCUCCAUUAACUGAAAUAUUAAUGUAUGAUUUAAAAUUACCUUCAGAAAUUAUAAAAAAUAAAGAAGUACCAGUUUCUUCUGUUGAUGGUGUUCCAGUGUUAGAUUGGAUUAGAAAUUAUGGUAAUACUUUUUCUGGUUUAAAAAGUCCACACGCUAGAUUUACUUACACAAGACAAACCAUUGGGUUAUUUAUGAUAAGUGACAACCCAUUAACAAAAGAAGAAAUAGAUCAUGUUUUUGAAAUUGAAUACACAAAUGGAGUUAAGGUCAAUUGUUCUUAUCAAAUAAUUAAUUUUGGACCAGAAGAUCAAGAAGAUACUAAUAGGGCUCUAAAAGUACGUCAAGUAAAAGAAAGAAUUGACAAGAAAAAAAGAAAUAGAGCUUUUAAUGUCCAACCAAUUUUACCAAGUGAUUUAGGUUUGACACACCCAAAAAAAGAUGUUUCAUAUGAUUAUGAACUUAAAGACAAUAUUGCUUGUAAAGUUAUUACUAUUAAUAACACUAUUGUUAAUGUUCUUGUUAUUCAAUCAUUUGCUCCAGAAGAAUAUCAAUUACAAACAUAUGUAAACGUUUAUAAAAAUUGUAUUGAAUCUUUUGAUGAAAAUAAUGGCCCAAUUAGUGUAAUUCUUCCAAUGAAUGGUGGUGGAUAUGUUGAUCUUGAAGCUUUCAUUGAAAAAACAUUGGCACCUUCUAAUGAUGUAAACCAAAUUGGAGACAUCCGAAUUAGUGACCCUUCUUUACGUAGUUUGUCACUUGGAUACGAUGAACUACUUAGUGACGUUAACUCAUGUCAAUUAAUAUAUUCUAACUUAACUACUCGAGAAGAGUUUUAUGCCUCAUCAGUAACUAUUAAAUAUGGAGACAUUGAACAUGUUAAAACACAAACUGGUAUUAUCCAAUCAGCUGUAACAGAUGUCUAUUUUAAGAAGAAUCCUAGAAAUCCAACAGACAUAAUAGUUAUGACUGAUGCAUUUUGUUAUUCGGCAUGUUCUUUAUUAGCUAAAGGAAUGAAAGAAAGAGGUAAUGGAAUUAUUGUUGGGUAUUUAGGAGAUCCAGAAGGAGAGAAAGAAUUAUACGAUGUAGGACAAUCACCAACUGUUGUGGUUUCACCGGAUACUAUAUUCACAGAACAACAACUCAUUGACAUGAGUAGUGUUUCACUUACUAUGCAAAUUAGUUUUGCUGAAACAUACCUUCAUGAUUAUAGUUACAACCAAACAAUUCCAAGAGAGUUUAUUAUUGAACCAGUUGAUGAAUUACAAUUCUUGGAUAGUUAUAAUAACAGACUAGAAUUAUUUGCCAGUGCUGCUUUAUCUCUUUAUAACAAAUACCAAACUGAUUGUAAUCCAUCUAAUGAUAGACUAGUUAAAAGAAGUAAAGAUUGUGAUUCCAAAAUUACAAUUGAACAUGCUCAUGGUGGUUAUAAAUGUGGAGCUAAUGGAAAAUGGAGUGAUGAAUGUGUUGCCACUUAUUGUGAUAAUGGAUAUUUCUUUGACUUUUACAACAAGAAGUGUGUUGUUGAUGUUUGUGGAUCAACGAUUGAAAGUAGUUCUUCUUCUAUGAGUCAUGGCAGUGAGACUAUUUCUUCUUCUGUAAGUCAGGAGAGUGAAAGUUCAACCAGUGGACGAUCACAAAAUAAUUCAUGGACUAUUCUCCUUUGGAUAGUUGUUGGGUGUAUUAUCUGUGCAGGGUUAGUGAUGGUUAUAGUAAUUGUUGUGAUAAUAGUAAGACGUAAGUUCUUCUCCUCAAAUUCUUAUGAUUAUUCUAAAGUACCUGAAGUUCCAUUGAAUUGA